AUGAUUGAUCUCGUCCGAUUGUGCACGAAGCAUAUCCCAAUUCUGCUGCUCCUUGGAGCCUUGUCAAAGCCCUGGGUACUCUCGGUCAUAUACGCCACGUUAUUAUACCUUGCCGACAUUUCCAACGGCCUUCUCCACAGCACUCGCCCGACCCAUGCAAUUCGGAACAACGGACCAGACGACCUGGUUCUUGAGCGAGCAAAGCUUCGGGAACUUGCUGAAGGCUGGCCAUGCUAUCGUGAUGCCUGCGAGUGGGAGAACUUCCAGUCCAUAUUUCACGACGGAGCCUAUGUAUUCACCACAUGGUCGGGUCGGGUUCCGGCGCAAGACUUCAUAACAGCAUCAAAGGCCGGCAUGGAUAAGGGUGCAUUUAUUAUGCAUCGUUGUCAUGGCGUCACUACCGAUAUCAUGCCCGACGCCACUCGCGCCGUCACUAAAAUGAAGGCUACAAUCACCCAGCGGUUCACCAUCGACGGGUGCGAGGUUGACGCGGAGGCUGACUGCAAAUUCAUUUUCUUUUUUGAGAAGUUGAAAGGGCGAUGGGGCGCCCAUUUUGCUCGCCAUUGGUACGAGAAAGAUAAGAUCAUUCCUGUCAUUCCAAACAAGAUCCCAAACAUCGACGAGGCAAAGCUGAACACAUAUCCCGAGGGAUACAAGUGUUUGGCAUACUGCCAAGAACUGACCAUGGGCGUCUCUGUACUUAAAGACCUGCCCGGCCAUCGGCGUCAUGUUGGAACUGUGAAUGGAGAAAAGCACGACCUCCUGUAUAGACAGGCCAAGGAUUGGUUAGAUGGAAAAGACGUGACAGUCUAA